CUGGAGCACAGGCUUAAUUUUGCUGGAGGAAAAGUAAGGGAAGGCAACCAAAAAAGAACUUCCUCUGCCAUGCUGGAAGCCCACCAUCCCUGCCAGAUCAUUCCUGACCCAUUGAGGGAGGAGAGGAACUAGAGGAAACUGCAGCAUAUUAACGUUUGUUACCAUGUGGCCAACUGCUGCUCUGUAUUUAUCACUGGUCCUAGUGGCCAGCAUCUCGAUGUCCCAACAAUCCCUGUCUGCAGGUGAUUCACAGCAGAAGAACUUUCAAUCCCUGAGCCACCCCAGCUGGUCUUUAGGGCUGCAACUUUACAGAGCCCUCCGUAGUGAAGGCUCUCACAUCAACACCCUCAUUUCUCCGGUACUGCUUGCCAACUCACUGAGCGCAUUGAGCCACACAGCCAAAGGAGCCACAGCCAGGCAGCUUCAGGAGCUCAUAAAGAGCGACAAGGAUAAGAAAUCUUCAUCCAGUCCACUUAAGUCUAUGGGAAUAGCAAAUGGAAGCAGCUACAUACUGCAUGGCUCCUCAGCUAUCUUCUCCAAACAGAUUCCUACACUGGAGAUCGGCUUGCUGGACAAGCUGCAGGCCCAGUUUGAACUGGACCAUGUGCCUUUAGGGGCAGGCAAUAAACAGGGAGAUAUGGAGAAGCUCUGCUCUUGGGCCAAAAGUGUGAUGGGUGGCGUGAAUGAGAUGCCAUUGCAUGAAGAGCCUGAUGUCAAAGAAGGAGCCCUAAUCUUGACCAGUGCACUGCACUUUAAAGGUUUGUGGGAUCAUGGCUUUGACAAAGAAAAUAAAGAUCUUCUAAGCUUUUUGGGGACCAAGUACACCAAAGUACAUAUGAUGCACACAGCAGGUGUAUACGGUCACUAUGAGGACAUUGAGAAUAUGGUGCAGGUGUUGGAGUUGGGACUGUGGGGUGGAAAGGCCAGCAUGGUGCUUCUGUUGCCCUUCCAUGUGGAGAAUCUGGCGAGACUGGAGCGCGUGUUGACACUAGAGCAGCUGGAGAAAUGGCUGGGGAAGCUGAGCAGCAUGAGCAUGGCACUGUCUCUGCCCAGGGUCAAUGUCAGCAGCACACUCAGCCUACAGAAACAGUUAGCCGCACUGGGUGUGGUCGAUGCCUGGGACCAGAAAGAAGCAGAUUUCUCAGGUCUUGGGAAGGGGAAACUUCAUCUGGGUGAUGUUCUUCAUUGGGCAUCUCUGGAACUGGCGUCCGAUUCAGGCAAUAAGGACGGCAUAGACGAGGAUCAGCAUGUGGAAAAGCCCAAACUUUUCUACGCAGAUCACUCCUUCAUUAUGUUGGUGAAGGAUAACAGCACUGGAGCCCUGCUGAUGUUGGGUGCAUUAGAUCUGGCAGAGGGAGCUGCACUACAUGAUGAACUAUAAAAUAUGGAUUAUGUAUUCACUUACCUAAAGCUGGAUAUUUUAGGACAUUUCUUCAGUUUUUGGUGACUCAUUUAAAUGUAUAUCAAAGACGGUGACAAUCUAAGCCAUUUGUCCAAUAACAAUGGUAUAUACGUAUGGUUUUUCUUAUAAUAUGUAAUGUAAUGAGUGAGUAAUUAUAGGUCCAAUUUUGUAGUACUGUAAGUUGUAAAAAAAAAAAACAGAGAAGACAAGAUUAAGGGUUGGCAGAAUCUUGUAUUAUCUCUAACACCUAUUGAGCUCUAUUAAAUGUGCAAAGAAGAGCUAAUAGAAGGUGUAAAACGAUUUAUUAGAGCUUAGAAAAUCUAGGCGAACAAUUUCACCCAAGCUGAACCUGGAACUCAUUCCAUUAUUGUAACAAACGGGCUCACCAUGAGCACACACCAGGCAUUCACACACUGAUGGCCCCCCUGAGAGAUUAAUCCUUUCACACUUGUGAAAUAUUCAGUGGAUUGUUCUCAGAUCUCUCUGUGAUAGUGUGUCACUUUUACUUAUAUUCAUAUUAGCAUCCUGACAUGGCUUCUUCUCUCGUUUUAACACUGGAAGAUCUAAAGGCACAUUCAACAUGGCAACGUGAUCCCUUCUACCAAAAACAAUACCCAACACUGCUAGUCCUGAAGUUGGCAAGCGUAUCAAAAACCUUAGCCAAAGGGUGCAUUUACUUUCUCACCACACACCAGUUGCCAACGAAAUGAUCUGACAAUUGCACUGAACUCUGACAUGGGAUGAGCUUGAUUUGUCUCUGUCUCUCUAGCAGAGAUGUUCCCAAAUAGAUUGGGAGCUCCAGGGGGUCAGGCUCUAAGCUGGCAUGCCGAUUCCCACUUCAGGAGCAGUCCCCUGGGAGAAAGAUUGCUCAACCAGCCUGUUAUUGAUGGGAUCAGCUUAAUACUAAUGACGCUAAUGACUCAAGACCACAGUCAAAACCACAGGCUGACGAUAAACCUUUAAUCUUUUAAUUCCUCCUCGGAUCAAUGGAUUCGGUGCCCUUGUGACAUGUCCGUUUAGAGUGGUUAGGAAUUACAUUUAAAAUGUUGUCUGUGUGUGUUUUAUGUAAUGCCUUAUAAUGUGUUAUUUUUAUCUUGUAAUUACAUUAUUGUGUACAAAACAGAUGUUACUAAACUAUUUAUAUAACUGUAUUGGUAACAUACUGCACUGUCAUGGUAUCACUUUCAUUAAUGCCAGAAUAAA